GGAGGGAUGGGUGUGUGUGUGUGGAGGGGUGUCUGUCCUCAACAUCCUAAAUAAGAGGAAACACAAAAGUAGAGAGAGUUCUCCCGCACGUGACAGCGACGCACAGUUAUAUCAGGAAAAAAGGCGCAGCAAGCAUCAGGACCAGUCGGGAGUCAGCAGCGCGCGCUGGAACACACAGACACAUACACUCGUUCCUAAAGCAAAGCGACACGUGUGUUUCUUGUUUCUGCUGUAGGACGAGCUGAAGAAGCAGCAGGUAAAAGAGUUUUUUAACCGGAGCUCAAGGAAAGAAAAAAAAAAAAAGCCCUCCCUCCCACUUUUUUCUUCCCACCACAACCUUCCUUCUCGGACCUCAGACGCACGUUCUUCCCAUUGACAGAGCGGGAUGCUGCACGUUAUUCCCGAACUGCACUUGCACUCAGACGGAACGUAGAAGUGGACCGGAGCGAAGUUACAGUGAACAUCACCAUUACGCACCGAUUUGUGCAACAGAAAGGAAAAGGGGGGCAUUUGGAUCCGCGCGCGCCGGGUCUGUUUGAAGGUGUUGAUUUCGUUGCUCUUAUAACACCUUUUGGUUUUCUCCCCCCAGAACAGACACUUAUUUUGAUGACUUGAAGAUCAGCGCGCUUCUUAAAAUGAUUCCAGCCGGCGACGUGAUGCCGAGUCGCAUCUCGUCUGAUGUUUGACAUUUGAGGAGCAGAGAAAGCAACUGGAGGAGGACAUUACAGGCAUUGGCUACAUCUUAUUAAACCCAGCUGGUGCGUUUUUCUAUCUUUUUUUCUUUAUUUUUGUUGUCCGAGCAACAGACCACCGUCCAGAUGCAGUUUCGACUAUUCUCUUUUGCCCUGAUCGUUUUGAACUGUAUGGAAUACAGCAACUGUCAGGCGCCGUCCCAUCGCUGGAAGAGAAACAAAAGAGCAAGCUAUGGAGCGUACCCUGUCUGUAAAGGUUGCUCAGUGUGCUCCAGGGAUAACGGUUGUGUAAACUGCCAGCCCAAACUCUUCUUAUUUCUGCGGAGGGAGAGGAUGAGGCAGUACGGGGAAUGUCUUCACGAUUGUCCAGCUGGAUACUAUGGCAUGCGCAGCCCAGAAAUCAACAUGUGCUCCAGGUGCAGGAUAGAAAACUGCGAGUCUUGCUUUAGCAAAGACUUUUGCACCAAGUGCAAGCUGGGUUUCUACCUACACAAAGGGCGCUGCUUUGAUAAGUGUCCUGAUGGCUUUGCCCCACUGGAAGAUACCAUGGAGUGUGGAGAGGGCUGUGAGGUGGGUCAGUGGAGUGAAUGGGGAGCCUGCACCAGGAGAAACAAAACCUGUGGCUAUAAGUGGGGUCUGGAGACCCGAACACGGCAUAUUGUAAAAAAACCACCCAAGGAUACAAUACCCUGUCCCACCAUCGCCGAGUCCAGAAUGUGCAAAAUGGCCAUGAGACAUUGCAGGAGAGGCGGCUCAGGAAAGCACCGAUCCAAAGAGCCAAAAAAGAAGAACAAGCAGAGGCUGCGGUUCCGGGCCCAGAAUCAGCACAGCGACCAUUUAGCCUCCGCUCGCUCCAGCCAGUGAGAACUCAAACAACCCGUGAAAAAAGAAUCAACGCAAAGCUGCUAGCCACUGCUGCAUUCAUCUGACUGAUGGGUUCGACAAACCCUCCACUAUGUCCCCUCCUGCCUCUCAGCCCUCUCCCACCUACUUUCACUUAGCCCCACAGGGCACAGCCUCAUUUCCAUGCCCUUCCAGUGUAUUGUGCGAUAUUGGUACCAACAUGAAAAUGGGCGCUCUGCCUCCCACUGCUUCUCUGCCUGUUGAUGUGACCAGCCGGGUGAUUCCCAGCCCUGAUAUUUGCCUUGUGGACCUUUACAGUUGACACAACUGAACUCAUUUCCCAUCAUUUCCAUCAUUAAGCAUACAGGGUGAUAGGAGAAGGAGGGGCAAGAGGAAAUUGAAGUAACAUGGAGGCAGGAGAGCCAGGAAGAAGGACGGAGACAGGUGAGGAAGUCUAAGACUUGACAAGCUGUACCACGCAAGAAAAGAUGCUCAAGGAUGAAGAAGAAGAGAAGACUCGUUUGAAGCAAACAAAUGGACAAGAAAAUGGCAUCAAACUAAGAGAGACUGGUUUUUGUUCUUAUAUUUAUGUCUCAGCUACCCUCACUUUCCCUAUAAUUAGACACCGUGUUGCCAUGUGUGGCCUUUUUGUUCUGUUUAUUUUUCAGAGUAAUAUUAAAGAAAUUACCAUGCAUAGUUGAAAAGUAUUUUAUUCUCAGCACAAACUGUUUACUUUCAGACCGCUUAAUGCUGUUACUGUAUAGUGUCAUUUAAAAAAAGAGAACAUUUAGUUGUUUGACUAGCAUGGCAACAGACUUGUGUACAUAGUUGACCUAAUUAUAAAAGCUUAUUACUGUAUUUUCAGUAUUGAGUCAUUCACCGGUCUAAAUGUUUUAGAAAUAAAAGAUAUAGUUGUAAUACAAGCUACAGAAUAAAAUAAUUAAAAAGUAAUUAUAAUAAACUUAGCCACCUCAUAGGUAUUUUAUUCAUAUGAUAUAUAUUUGAUUUAUUUAUUAAUUCUCUUUUGUAUUUUCUAUUUUUGUUUGGUGAGUUUUUGUCUCAUACUGUUAUUCUUGUACUGAGAUAUUCUUUGACUUCAUAACAAUGCAUAUCUUUAACAUGUGGAAAAAAGAUUACAUCUGUCAAACAAGUGUUGUAGCCUAUUACAUUCAUUCAACCUCAUCUACUGAUUUUGAUGCUUUAAAGAGGAUAAAAGAAAUAAACUAUGCUUUGAUGUAUUCUAUGUUUAUUAAUUAGGCUCCAGCAAAUGUAUGGUCAUAGGACUGCAUAUGUGUAUGUUGUGUUUAAUUAAAUCUGCAUUUCAUGUGACUGUA